GUGUUCAAGCUAUUGUUUAAGGAAUUAUCUUUCUCUAUAAAUACAAGCAUGUUUGUCCCUGUUGGCAUCACUUGAGACCAGAUCUCCUGCAGCCAUGCUUUGUUUCAGACCCUGCACCGCACUGUUGCUUGCAACAGCUUGUCUGUUCUUGUCUCCAGCUGUUUCUGCAGAGAGAGCAACCUCCUGUGACAGUGGCAACUCUGUCCAUCGCCUGAGCUGUGACAUUGGAGUGAUCAGCGUGCAGGAGUCGCUGUAUGGACGUGAAGACAGAGUGACGUGCAGUGAGGGCAAACAUUAUUACCAGCUCGCCAACACUGAGUGCUCUUUGGCAGGCACGACAGAACUUAUCAGAAGGAGGUGUGAUGGCAAGAAGGUGUGUGAGUUGAUAACCGCAAGUGAUAUCCGCAUCUUGGACCCCUGCCCAGGAAUCUUGAAAUACGUGGACACCAACUACACCUGCCUCCCAGCACUAACUCAUGUUGCGUGUCAGCAAUCCCUGGCACGCUUGCACUGUGACCAGGGCCAGGUUAUCGUUGUCUACGGAGCAGACUACGGUCGUCGGGACAGGACCACCUGCAUUAACGGAAGACCUGAUUCCCAGUUGCAAAAUGUGUCCUGCUCAAAACCCACAAACAUCGUGGCAACCAGGUGUAAUGGGAAAAACACCUGUGAUAUCAGAGCUCUCAACUCGGUGUUUGGAGACCCCUGCCCUGACAUAUACAAGUACCUGGAGGUGGCUUACCGCUGCAAGUAUCCUUCUGUCACUGAUUCAUAAGAUUCAACAGAGCUUUGAUGAGGAAAAAAACUAAAAGAUAACGGAGAAAUCAAUGUUACGGUGUGGGGCUUUCUUUUCUGACUAAAUGUAAAAGUAUCCUUUUCUAUCAUCUUUUUUCCAUGAGUACAUGAAAAUGCUCUACAUCAGUAAAAUAUCUCAAGCCUUUGUUUCGGUGUGAAAAAAAAAAAAAAUCCAAUAAAUAACUUCAAGCAUUAUAAGAA